AUGGCGACCACAUUGGUAGCGCUUGUGGGUACUUGUGUUGCUCUGUCCGCAGCCUUAGUCCAAACCUCUAUCCUAUCCGACCCGGUGAGUAAAGGCGCUGCAGUGUCAAUCCUUCGCCUGUAUCUCGCGGGCACGGGCCGAGCAAGCUGCAGACCACGUCGACUUUGCGCUCAAUCGACAUUCCCCAAACUCAUGCUCACCUGCCCUCUCUUGCUCGCUCGCCACCUCCAGGCUAAACCUCUUCGAGCUGUCUUUAGCGCAUGCACAAACCCGAGGAGAGCGAGUUUGAGUACCGACUUUACAUUGGGAAAUUUCAAACCUGCAGAUGAUGCACUCUGCCUUGCUCUCACUUAUUUCAAAACGCUUCUAUCUGAUGGACCGGGUAUCGGCGUGAGUGCAAAUAGGCCUGGUGUCAGCAUAGUUGCGUGGUCCAUUGAUGAUCUGCUCACAUCGCAUCAUCGCAUUUCUUUCUCAUCUAGGCCGCCUCUCUGCUCGCUUCUGUACUCAUCCCAAUACUCUUCCGACUAACGUACAUCUCCGUCUCGCCAAAUAAUCGCACCGUGUUGCGCGGCAUUGCCUUGCCCAUUGGCUUUCUGCUCGGCGGCAUCGCGUUCGGCUUUGGAACGUUCCUCUCAUCCGUGGGCUCGCUGGUGUACAUUGCGGGGCUCUACAUUCAAGUAACCUCUCCCAAGUCAAGCUUGCCGCUGCUGCCAAGCCCUGCUCCAGCAGUCUACGCAGCGAACCUCGCCAACAUGAUCUUCAUUGCUAUUCUCAUCUCCAUGGCGCUCUUCGAUGUGGCAGGGCAAAAUUGGCUUAAUGCGACCACUGCCUUCUGUCUCUCCCCCCUCGUCGUCUACUUCCCGUUGCUCUUUCUGGGUGUGCGGGAGACGGUGGUGCCAAAGACGGAGGAAGAGGCAAGGAAGGAGCUCGCCAGCUACAACGCUGCAGAGGUCAGCUACUGCUACGAGCGAACCUGGGCCUACCAAAGACAAGUCUCUCUCCUCAGCUCCACGCUCUACUGGUACGGCCUGAACCGAAUCGUUAUGGACCUCAUCUUCCUCAAGUCUGCGCUAAGCUAUGCGGCCCAUUUUAUGCUCUACCAAUUUUUCGGCACCGUCUGGUUCCUCUUCCUCAUCAGGGUAGCGGAACAUCUGACCACGCGCAGCGUUUCGCCCGUUCAUCCUAUCACGGGCCAUCCGCGUUCGGACGUGCAAAAGGAAUGUUCCAUUGCCAUAGCUGCCGCUCCUGCUGGGCACCCGGCCACCGAGACUGGCUUGCUCGGCAACAACCUUGUCGCUAUCCUUGCUGGACCUGGAACAGCUAUGAGUCUCUGGUGGGCUCAUGGAGAGGAGAGGGAUGGCUGGCUGGCUAGAAGAGCAUGGAGGGAAACCCAGGCGGUGGGAGCAAAGGCGGUAGCAGACAGCAAAGCUGCAACAGAUGGCCAGCAUGCCAAGCGAGAAUAG